CCGGAACAAAGCCACAAUCGCGCCCUUGCUCGCUCGCAACCCUUGCUUGCGGGUGUCAUGUGCGUGAUCAGCACAAGGACCACGUUGAAGGAGGUGGUUGGCUCUGUCUGUGAGCGUGUGCAAGGAUGAUGAUGCACGGGGUGUGCGCCGUGUACAAGCCACGUGGCAUGACAUCUGCCAAAACAGUGGCCAUCAUCAAACGAAUCCUCCGCACGCACCAGAAAGAAGCACUGGCAGCAGCACAGCAGCCACCAAACGCCGAGAACGAGCACACCUCUGCGCCACCAAAGCGGCUGAAGGUCGGGCACGGCGGAACUUUGGAUCGGCUCGCAGAAGGCGUGCUUGUGAUUGGUGUUGGGCAUGGAUGCAAGCAUCUCAAGCACUUUCUCGGUGGAACGAAAGAGUACGUGGUGACGGCUGAAUUGGGCAAGGAGACAGACACAUACGACAUGGACGGCGCCGUGACAGCCCGGUCCCCGUUCCAGCACAUCUCCCUCGCGCAGACGUUGAGCGCAUUGCAUCAGUUCCGUGGACAGUUCAUGCAGACACCACCGCUGUUCUCCGCCCUCAAAAUCCACGGAAAGCGAUUGUCAGACUACACGCGCGCUGGCGUGCAUGUGGAGCCACGCGCAAGGCUCGUGCACGUCACACAGCUUGACUUGUGCUAUUUUGCUCCGCCAGAGGUGACGCUGCAUAUCGCUUGCAAGUCCGGUCUCUACGUGCGCAGCCUCGUCCAUGAUCUUGGAACAGCCCUCGACAGCCACGCGAGCGUGACCACGCUCAUCAGGACGCGCGUAAACAACUUUGGUCUCUUGGAUGCACUUCAGCCCGACAACUGGACGCCGCAGCACUUUGAACGUGCCUUCAGGCGUUAUCCACUUUCAUUUGCCAAAGACUAGGACAGCACGCACACACACACACACACACACACACACACACACACACACACACACACACACACACACACACACAACUGUUUUGACAAGUCUUCCCACUCCUCUGUCACUCCUUCGACGCACAUGAGAUGCAAUGGACCGUAAUUUUCUUGCCACAUGCAUGAUCAGACACCCACAUCCUGCUGCGGUGUGCUCAACACCAGCAUGAUGCACGUGCUUAUCGGUAUUUAAGGCGCUCACGUCAACCACCAUCAUACCGGCAUCAACCCAAAGUACAAGAGUCAAUCAAC